AUGAAAAUAUUCGUUUCUGUGCUGUUGCGUUGGGAAUGUAUAUAUGUGGGUAUUCGAUGCCAUUCGAGUACUUUGACAAAUGCACUGGUAUAUUUCAUUAUAUGAGUUGUAUAUUUCAAAAUAUACGCUGAAUAUUCCAGGUACGAGGCUGAAUAUUUCAAAAUAUGCAAUUGUAUACUUUAUUUUUAUUGAGUCAAUUUUUCAUAGACCUUGUCGUCUUCUUCAAAAUAUCCGUUGAAAUUUCCAUCUACGCAGCUGAAUAUUUCAAAAUAUACAUUGUAUAUUUCAAGAAGCCAGUCGUUUAUCUAAUUUUAUUUCAUUUACGCAUGCUGAUUAUCUGCGGGGUUGAUUUCCUAGAAAUACAAGUCAUCGUUGUGUAUCAUACAGUAGAUUAUCGGAGAAAUACGUCGAUUAAUAUUAUGGUUUUCUUGCAUUUUGCUUUGCUAUUGCUUUGACAGUACCGCGCGUGAAUUUCUCAUAUUGCCUCUGUAACAUGAUGCACCCUUGUGUAUACCAAUCUGGAUACGAAUGUGCUGUCCUCCCCACCACUCCAACGAGAGUAGUCGCUCGCUGGUCAGGAGGUCGCGUCUGCUGUCCGCUUGUUUACCUCAUCGCAUUAUAUUCUAUUUACCUCGUUUUCCAUUCCUUUUUUUUAAUGUUUCCGAGAAUUAUUUGUUCUCUAAUACUUUACGUGGUUACUUAUAAUUCAAAGUUUCCUCUUGACUUGAUCGAGACAAGUGUAUGUGUGUGAUAAGCCUGUUGUUACAAGCACGAGCCUAUCAAGAAUUGAGGUUAUAAGAUGUCUCUUGCUGCACAGUUGUAACUUUUGAAAGGAACCUCAUUUUUACGCUACAGCUAUGAAAGCAGCCUUUGUAAAGUCCGCUGUAAAUGCAUUUUAUCAGUCUAUUUCCCAUCAGGGUCCUUACUGCGGGACAAGUGAUGGUAAUGUUUCGCACCCAAUUAAGGUAUGCUGUCGAUGGGUCCAUUGUGAUCGUCAGAGUCAGAUUGGCAAAAGCGUAUACAUAUGUGACGAGACCGCUCUAUCAAAAUUACAGUUAGCUUUUGAUAAAGUACCUGAAUUGAAAAGAGGUGUGGCGUGGCCUGUGGUGAAGCAUAGUUGUGAUUAUUCUGCUGUGGAAUGGCUUCUAUACAGUGGUGAAGAUGCACAUGAACUUACUUACGGACAUAUUAAGAACUGGUUACUUGUGCCGGAAGACUUUAAGGAAAUCAUGGAUUAUGUGGUGAAAUUACAUAAUUUGAAGUUAGUAAGAGUUAUUGCCAAUGUGUACGAGGGUUACAGAUCCACAUCAGAAGAGGAAUCGGUGUGUUUGAAGACGGAUGUCUCAGUGUCGAUGGUAAUUGUUCAUCCUGGUGACCUUCUCAUAUCAUUACCAAACAAAGUAAAUCUGAGCGAAGGCAAAACUAUACUUGAGACCACAUUAAGUAUUACGAAGAAAAAGUCAAGAUUGCGGGGACUGUCGUGA